AUGGCAGCUACUAGUUUCUCCUUGCCGACAUUCCCGCCAUUCGAUGUCCAUGCCGAUGGAAAUACCGGUCAUCGCUGGAAAAAAUGGCUAGGCCGCUUUGAACGGUUGCUUGUGGCGAGGAAUAUUACCGACAAAAAACAACAACGUGCGAUGCUAUUACAUUUCGCAGGACCGGCUGUUGACGAAAUUUUUGACACCCUUUCAGACACUGGCGAAGCGAAAGACUACGACAAAGCGAUAGAAGCACUCAAUGCCUAUUUUAUUCCGCACGUAAACACGGCGGUUGAAGAAUAUAAUUUCCGCCAAGCGAAGCAAAACCAAACCGAAACCCUAGAUGCCUUUCAUACACGUUUACGUCAGCUAUCGCAAAAUUGCUCGUUUACAGAUGUCGAUAAAGAGAUAAAGAACCAAAUAAUCGUUGGUUGCUCAUCACAGAAACUUCGAAGAAAGGCUCUACAUGAAGACCCGACCUUAAAGAACCUUUUAGACGCGGGGAGAGCCGAAGAAACGAGUCAAAUGCAAGCGCAAUUCGUGGAGAAACAAGAGUCAAGUCAAAAUAUCAACGCCAUUAAGACGGGCGCUCUCGAGAAACAUAACCCCUCGCCUCGCGACAUGAGAAAACCACAAAAUCAACGUCACGGCUCAAAUUAUCAAAGAAAUUUCAACAAACCCCACACAUCAACUUGCCGCAACUGUGGUGGUAUCUACCCCCAUGCCCGAGAUUGUCCAGCCAAAGGAAAAGAAUGCCAUUCCUGUAAAAAAACUGGCCAUUUUGCAAAGGUAUGCCGAUCGACCCCUAAACACAAACCUCACGAACACCGGAACAGAGUCAACAACCUUUCUGAACAACCGAGCACUAGCCCUCAUGAUGUCGACCCUGAUUACAUUUUCACUUUGAAAAACAAUUCGAACAGCAAAACCCAACCCCCCAAAUGCCAAGUGUUGGUUAAAGAGCACCUUAUUGAUGUCAUUAUUGAUUCUGGAGCUUCGGUAAACAUCAUCGACGAGUCCACAUACAAGCAGCUCAACCAAAGUAACACCCUACCUCUCAAGCAGCCUGAGUCCAACAUCUUCCCCUACGGUACAAGUGUCCAGAUACCCAUUCUUGGAAUGGUCAUGGCUACAAUUCAGUUCCAGUCCACAACUUUGGAUGCCAAUUUCUAUGUUGCCAAGGGAACCGGUGGAAAUCUCUUAGGUUGCCAAACAGCCGAACAGUUAGGAAUUUUAAAGAUAACCAUUAACACAGCAGUUAGCUCUUACAACGCUCGCAUUGAAGAUGAGUUCCCGAAUUUGUUCGGUGGUAUUGGGAAGAUAAAGAACACCCAAGUCCAGUUACAUAUCGACACCGAUGUUACACCCAAACAGCAAAAACAUCGUCGCAUUCCAUUCCACAUCCGAAAGGACGUUGAAAAGGAACUCCAGCGUUUAGAAGACCUUGAUAUCAUUGAGCAAGUUGAUGGUCCGACACCAUGGGUCAGCCCAAUCGUUGUGGUACCCAAGAAAACUGGAGAGAUCCGAUUAUGUGUGGACAUGCGUGAAGCGAAUAAAGCAGUGCAAAGAGAAAAACACCCCAUGCCAACUGUCGACGAGUUAAUCACAGACCUCAAUGGUGCCACAAUGUUUAGCACCCUAGAUCUUGCCUCAGGUUACCAGCAACUGGAGUCACACCCUGAAUCCCGCCAUAUCACAACCUUUACCACUCACGUUGGACUUCGACGUUACAAGCGACUAAUGUUCGGCAUUAACGCAGCCUCGGAGAUAUUUCAGAAUGCAAUUGCAAACCUACUGGUUGGAUUACCUGGUUGUAAGAAUAUUUCGGACGACAUCAUCGUCUAUGGUCGAGAUGACAAAGAACAUGAUGAGAACUUACGAGGCUUGUUAAACCGCUUACAAGACAACAACGCCAAAUUAAAUGGUGAGAAAUGUUCCUUCCGUCAGCACCAAGUAGUAUUCUUUGGGCACACAUUCAGCGCAAGUGGAGUUCAGGCAGACCCAAAGAAGAUCGACAUCAUCCGGAAUAUGCAACCUCCAAGAAAUGUCAGCGAAGUCAAGUCCCUUCUCGGAAUGACCCAGUACGUAUCUCGGUUUAUUCCCAACUAUGCCUCCAUCACAACACCCUUGCGUACCCUGACUCAACAGAACGCCAAAUGGCAAUGGCAAGCGGAACAAAAGAAUGCUCUGAAAAAACUUCAACACGAGCUUACGAAUGAUCCUGUUAUGGCUUACUUCGACCCUUCGAAACCAACCACCGUCAUUGUGGAUGCCAGCCCCUCGGGUUUAGGAACACUGCUUACUCAGGAAGGCAGAGUUAUCAGUUAUGCAAGUCGUGCACUUUCCAGUGUAGAAUCCCGCUAUUCACAAACUGAAGGCGAGAUGUUAGCCGUUAUAUGGGCUAUCGAAUUCUACCAUCUUUACCUCUAUGGCGCUAAGUUUAUUGUCAUCACCGACCACAAGCCGCUACUCGGAAUCUUCAAAAGUCAGAAACCGACUUCAGCGAGAAUCGACCGCUGGAAACUAAGACACCAGUCCUUUGCAAGCUUUCUGAAGCAAUCACACACAACCGAUGGCUCGAUCCUGAAGUGAAACCGUUUGUUAACGUAAAGGACGAACUGUCUGUCUGCAAUGGAUUAAUCGUCAGAAACCACCGCCUGGUGCUACCUCAUUCACUGCAGAGCCAAGCCAUAGAUCUUGCACACGUAGGCCACCAAGGCAUAGUCAAAACAAAAAUGCUACUUCGUGAAAAGGUCUGGUUCCCCUCCAUAGAUAAGAUGGUGGAACAGAAAGUCAAGACGUGCCUGCCGUGCCAAGCAGCAACCACAGCUACCCAUCGACAUCCAGAACCCUUGAUCAUGACACCGCUGCCCGACGCACCAUGGCAAGAGGUUGCUGUCGACUUUGUUGGUCCGUUCCCAUCAGGCGAGCUGCUACUCGUUGUCAUCGACGAAUUUAGCCGAUUCCCAGAAGUAGAAAUUGUCACCACUACGAGCGCAAAAGCUGUCAUCCGAAAGCUGGAUAACACAUUUUCCCACCAAGGUGUUCCUGUUGUUCUUAAAAGUGAUAAUGGUCCGCCAUUUAACAGCUCGGAAUUUGAACAAUUUGCCAGUUACCUUGGUUUCGAACAUCGCAAAGUCACUCCGUAUUGGCCAAAGGCGAAUGGAGAAGUGGAACGGUUUAUGCGCACCAUUGAAAACGCCACACGUAGAGCACACAUCGAAAAGAAGAACUGGAAACAAGCCUUGUAUCAAUAUCUCCGCCAGUACAGAGCCACACCGCGCAGCACGACGAAUGUGUCACCACCCGAGGCCCUGAACAAUCGAAAGUUGAAGAUACCACUUCCGAGUAUUCCAAAAGCUGAGCAACAAGAAACCCAAGAUCCAAUGCGAAAACGAGAUCAAGAAAAGAAAGAAAAGAUGAAGAAAUACUCAGAUCAUCGACAACACUCGAGAACAACUGAUCUGAAGAUAGAAGACACAGUCCUGAUCCGCCAACCAAAGAAGAACAAGCUUACCCCACCAUUUAACCCCAAACCAUUCACUGUUGAAGCUCGGAAAGGAACUAUGGUUACCGUCAAACGUGGUUCGAAGAAGAUAACACGCAACAUAUCCUUCUUCAAAAAGAUUGAUAAUCGUGUAACGGAUAGUUCAGAUGACGAAGAUGAUGAUGACGAUUUUAAUUGCAACCGAACUAACGAAGACCAACUCAAUCAAGAACCUGUUCAUUUACGAAGUUCCCAGCAAGAAAGAAGGCAACCAAAUAGACUUGGAUUUUGA